UUGUUUCAACCCCUAAACCACCUCAUGCUGUGAAUAUCUGAAAGAUACAAAUCUAUUCGUACAUAACCGGUCCGGAACCACUGCUUCAGAACUUUUCGGUUCCCUAUCAAACUCUCCCCGGAAUGCGCAACGUGCGUGAAGGGGUCCAGGCCAGGGGACAGUGCUGCUUGUGCAACGCAGGUUCAGUUGGUGUUUCUUGUAAUCCAAGUGGUUGUCCUUAAACUUGUGCACGAAGGUCGAUAGUAAUUUCAUACGCGAAGUAACGAGCGGACGCAGUGAGGGUUCCACCGUCAAAGCGGGAAAUUUUCCGUUCUGAAUGGUAGCAAUUUAAUGAGGAUACAACAUAAAAGUCCAAUUGAAUCACUAACCAGUCAUAGUAGUGGAUACUAGUGAACCCGCGACGGUGAAAUUGGAAAUAGUCGGGAACGUGGUAUAUCUAGUCUAGCUCGGCGGUGAGGACCGCCUGAUUCGCAGCGUUCGAGGUUCCUAAGUCCAUCAGAAAACGCGAUUCCGCGUGCUAUUAUUUACAAAAUGUGCACUCGCUCCGAUUCGGUCAAAUAGAGCGCGACGUUGGUGAAAGUACUUCACAGUGGGAAACCGGUGGACGACCUUGUUCUGUGCCAAGAACUUUCCCUGAAUCGUACCAGAUAGCUUUACUUAAUAAUCCCCAAGUGGAGAAAGUAAGAGCACCAGCAUAGAAAAGCCGCAUCGGGAGUGCCUUGCAUAGGCUAGGGGUGGAGUGUGCGGACGAAUAAAGGACAUACUGAAUAGUGCCCCCAUAAAAAGCUGUUUAAGACCAAGAAUUUUUUGACUACUGUGAGUGCGAGUGAAACACGAACAUGGGCUACGACGACAUUAUUGAACACUUGGGCGGCUUCGGUCCUUAUCAGAAGCGAAUCUUUUUUCUCGUCUGCCUUCCUGCCAUUCCUUGUGCCUUUCACAGGCUAGCCGGAGUGUUCCUACUCGCGAAACCGGCUUACCGGUGCUUACUUCCGUUUGAAAAUGCGAACAUUACUACAUACAACGACCUACCCAUUAGCGCUUGGAAUGUGUCAUAUCCUGUCGAUCCCGGGACGUCGAAAUGGUCCACGUGCCAGUACUUAGACGCAAACUACACCGAAGACUACCUCCACGGCGGGGUACCAGCGAAUCAUUCGAUUCGAUGCAACAAGUGGGUGUACGACAAAUCCCGAUACGAAAGCACAACCGUCACAGAAUGGGAUAUGGUGUGCAAUUGGUCCUGGUUAAAAGCUACUUCGGACGCAUUAUUUAUGGUUGGAGUACUAUUAGGAAGCAUCAUUUUUGGACAACUAUCAGAUAAAUUUGGACGGAAACCAAUCUUUUUUGCAUCUCUGGUAAUCCAACUUGUUUUUGGUAUCACAGCUGCAAUCUCCCCAGAAUAUAUCACAUACACUCUAUCCAGGAUAAUCGUGGGGGCAACAACAUCAGGAGUCUUUCUCAUUGCGUAUGUAAUAGGUAUGGAAAUGGUUGUGCCAAGCUAUCGCCUCAUCACUGGAGUUGUAAGCCUCCUGUUCUUCUCAGUUGGCUAUGUCUUAACAACAGCGUUCGCGUACUACUUCACAAACUGGCGGCACCUGCAAAUAGCUCUAACGCUCCCAGGAGUCCUUUUCAUGACAUAUCACUGGUUCAUACCAGAAUCAGGACGUUGGCUGUUAUCGAAAGGGAGAAAAGAAGAGGUGAUUAUCAAUAUUCAAAAAGCCGCCAAAGAAAACAAGGUAACCAUACCUAGUGAAGUUCUCCAAACCCUCCUAAUCGAAACCGAAGUAAAAAAAGAUGAUGUCAAAACGGAAAAACGUGAAGCUACAGUUUUCGACCUCUUCCGAUAUCCUAAUUUACGUAAGAAGAGCCUCAUCAUCUUCUUUGGGUGGUUCACGAAUAGUGCGACAUACUACGGGCUCUCCUGGAAUACAAGCAACCUCGGCGGGAAUGACUUAGUAAAUUUCGCUAUUUUUGGUGCAGUGGAAAUCCCAGCUUGUUUGUUCCUUCUCGUAACGCUAAACCGAUGGGGACGAAGGACAAUUCUGUGUGGCUGCAUGUUAGUGGCUGGCACAAUGCUGCUGUUAACAAUCGCAGUUCCUAGUGACCAAAACUGGCUUAUCGUAGUCCUGGCAAUGUUUGGGAAACUUGCAAUCACGUCGAGUUAUGGAACCAUUUACAUGUUCACUACAGAACAGUUUCCCACUGUGAUUCGUAAUGUAGGCUUGGGGGCUUCGUCGAUGGUCGCUCGAAUAGGAGGCAUUCUGGCGCCAUAUAUAAUUUUAUUAGGAGAUAUCUGGACGCCACUCCCUCUAAAUAUAUUUGGAGCGAUGGCAUUCACAGGUGGAUUAUUGUCACUUUUGCUACCUGAAACACAGAAUAAACCAAUGCUGGAGACUAUCGAGGACGGAGAGAAUUUCGGUAAGAAAAAAGAUCCAGAGGCAGUAGAGAAGGAAAAUUAAUAGAUUUAGAUGGGAAUAACUGGUAAUAUAGUAUCUCAAUCAGAUCGCGAUCUUUUUAUUUUUAAGGGAGUUACAUCAGACCAGACUGAUUAGCCUAUAUCGACUCAUGUGAUUUUUCAGAUUACGUACGUACUGGCAUACAGACAUAGCACUGAAAACCGUUUCGAUCAGUUAAGACAAUGACGGCUAUUAUGAACAUAUCAAACUAAAUUACGACAACUAUUCGCUACCAGGAUGCCAGACACGUCUGCAUAAUUCCACCUCAACAGAUCGUAUCUACCUCAUUAUUACGUCUCAAGGUCAGCUUUCUGAUAACGCACCAACAUAUUUGCCAAUCAAUCAGUUCGUCUUCCGCGUGGAAGCUGUGACUAAAUCAACCCUGCAGGGGUAUUUCGGGCUACAGCAGACUGGUACAGCGAUUACUAUCAGGCUCUUGGAAAAGUCGGAUGAACCUCUUUUACCAGAAUUUUCCUGGUCCAUUAAGUCACUGGAUUAUCCUGUUACUGACUCAGCCUCACGCCCAAAAUCCAAGCUGGAAAAUUCCUUAAGGGAAGGGAAGAAAUGAUUAUAAUGGAUGAUGGUGAUGGGACAACAUACAAAAGCAACUCUCUACUAUUCGACCGGCACGGUUUGCGGGCUGA